AUGAAGCUGGAGAAAGUAGACGUAAGCUGGACAAAGAUUGAGGAUGAGAUUCUCAAGGCUGGGGUGAUGAAGUAUGGGAUAAACAAAUGGUCCAAGGUGUCUUCUCUUCUUCCCUCGAAGACGCCGUCGCAGUGUAGACACAGAUGGCAAGAAUACACCAAUCCUUUGGCGAACAAUUCUGGAUGGAACGCUGAGGAGGACGAGAAGCUUAUUCUCACGGUAAAGACAUUCCAUCCCCAAUGGAGUCUGAUUGGGCAGGCAAUGGGAAGAAGCGGGCAGCAAUGCUAUGAAAGAUAUAACGAGCUUGUUUUUGGAAAGAUUGAUGUCUUCAAGUAUGGAGAGCUUGAGAAGCCCUGUGAGGGAAAGGACGAUGAGAUUCUGAAGAUGGCCAAUGCUAGGAUAUCUGAGUGCAAGAAUAGAAAGGACUUGAAGAAGAAGACUCUCAUGAACAAGAAAGAGAGAAUGCCUCCUAAGAACGACAGGGGAAAAGGGCCCGACCAAAAAAUUGUGUGA